AUGUCCAACCUAGUCAACAAAGAAUUACCAACUGGUAGCUACAAGUUCCAAUACAUUCCAAUCGACCAAGAGAACUCUGAGGCCUGCAAACUUCCACAAACCGUUGAAUGGUCCAAGUUUAUUGCUGAAAACAAGACUGUCAUCUUGACCGGUGCACCAGCUGCUUUUUCACCAACAUGUUCAGUGAACCACAUCCCAGCCUACAUCUCGUACUUGAACGAAUUGGUCUCCGACAAGAAGGUUGACCAAGUGGUUGUCAUUACUGUCGACAAUCCAUUUGCCAACCAGGCAUGGGCAAGAAGCUUGGGCGUCAAGGACACCACCCACAUCAAAUUUGCCAGCGACGCUGGUGGACAUUUCGUGAAAUCGCUUGGUCUGGACCUACCUAUCGGCGAUGAUGUCUACUGGAGUGGUAGAUGGGCUGCUGUUGUCAAGGAUGGUAAGGUCACAUAUGCUGGUAAGGAAGAAAACCCAGCUACUGACGUUACUGUUUCUUCAGUCGAAAGUGUUUUGGCCCACUUGUAA